AUGCCUCUAUUAGAUGCUAAUGCUAUUGCUCUUCUUCAUACACUUCUGACAACAAAUUCACUUUCACGUCUUUCAACAUUAUGUGCAUCAUUACAAGCACCUGUCGAACAUAUUUUAUCAAUUGUUGCUACUCAUCCAUUUGUUUUUGCACGUCUUCGUGCAACUGAUACACCUGGUGAUGAUCGUAUUGCAGUUGUACUUGAUUUAACCAAUUGUACGUUCUAUGCACGUCCACCAAAUGGUUGUACAAAAGAUAUUGCUUGUCCCUACUUACAUUUAUGUCCAUCGGUUGUUUUACCUAAUCGUCGUUGUCAACGGCCACAUGAUUGUCCAUUAUCACAUUCACUUGAUACGGAACAUAAUCGACGUGUUAUUCUGGAACGUGGUUUAGAAAAUUUACCACAAAAAACUCUUAUUAUGCUUAUUUUGGCUUCAGCUGAUCCAAGUAAAACAUUUGCGGUUUGUCAUCAUAAACCAAAACCAUGUCGAGAAGCAAAUUGUGAUGAUUUACAUCUAUGUUAUUUUUAUAUGUGUUCACCUCAUCUAUGCAAAUAUGGUGAUUGUAAAGCUGGACAUUCAUUAAUGACACAACGUAAUAUUGAUUAUUUGGAACGUCGUGGUCUUGCACAUAUUGAACCUAUUGAUGUUAUUGCACUUUUUCGUAUUGUUGAUGAAAAUAAAAAACGUUCUCAUUUUUAUCGAUAUCAAUUAGAACAACAACAACAACAACAACAACAACAACCGCAACAACCACAACCAAUGAUGAUUAUGACAUUAAUGAUGGAUGAACAUGGUCAACAUCAACAACAACCAAUGAUAAUGUUUUGA